UCAACAAAGACAAUGUGUGUGUGAGCCGAACAGAAGUUCACACAAGUUUUCACAAAAUAUCUUGCAGGACAUUGAAUUGAAAAAAGAAAAUCAGCGGAUAUCCUGAAAUAGUUUAUGUGCAAUCCUGCCGACGAAAUGGCUGCGGUGGACGAGUUCAAUAGUUGGCUUAGCUCGAAGCUGCGAGCAUCGAAGGCGGACGUGAGCGUAUUCGGUUCCUACAUUACCGGCAUCCUGGAAGGGGACGAGAACAACGAGGAAAAGGUGGAAGCUCUCGAAGGCAUCCUGGGCGCUAUCAUUGAAACAGAUCUGGAACCGUUCAUCAACGAAAUCCUGGACAAGUGGAACAUUUGCCACAGCCAAGAGUCGGCCGGCGCGUCGAAACCCAAACUAGACGUGGAGGUUCAAUUAGCCAAGCUAUUGGAGGGACAAAAGCUAGCCACUAAAGUCGAACGAGAGUACACCGAGGAGGAACGUCGGAUCAAGGAACAGAUACUUAUGCAAUACAGUCAGCUCUCAGAAAGUGAACCAGACGAAGAGGACGAGGAAGGGGCGACCAGUUCCGAUCCGAAGCUGGUGAAAAAUACAAACUUUGCCGACGUGCAGGCACUGGCCCGGGAAAAGCGGGAACAGGCGAAGCUAGAAAGUCAGUUGAAAAAGGAGAAGGACAAACAGGACCGGGAGAAGCAGCGCCAGCUGCGCGAGGAGAAAAAGGAAAAGCGCAAAACCGUCAAGGGCGAACGCCGGCGGUAGCGCCCUGUCGCUGGAAGCGAAGGAACGGCAGACCGAUUCCUACCGAUUGUUUCGUUUGCUCUGCGUGUGUCGACUGGUUGUCUGGUUGGCGGCUGGCACCUUCUCCUCUGUGCAGGCAACCGCAAGCCACGCCAUGUGCGAUGUUCAGCAUAAAGCGCGAAAUAUCUGCUCAUUGCUCUAACUUUACAAAUCCCUCCUACAAAAUAAACGCAUAGCCAAGCGGUGCAUUUGAAGCAAAUGCCCACGGAA